AAAGACGUCACAAUUAGGUGCAUACGUCAGAGGGUUUAAAGAUGCAAAUGUUCUAAGUUCUUGCAAUAUUACAAUUAAUUAAGGGCAGAAAUCAACAAAUUUAGGGAGAUGAUUUAGAAAAAUUCAUCUGCUUCACAUCACAUAAAGUUCAAAUUUGCAAAUAUUGUACAUUAUUUCCUGCAUUUUAAAAGAUGGAUUGUUAAGCAUUUGCAAAGUAAUGAUUCUCUGCUUUCCUAAAAGUAAAAAUACUGAAGUGCCAAAAGCACAGGAAAUUACUCAGAGGGGUGUUAACAGUCCCCAUAAAUGGCCCCACACGCCGCAAGAAGUUAUCAGUUGUGACAGGAAGACCUUACAUCAAACUUACUUGAUGAAAUCAUAUUGACUGAAAAUACAAGAAAACAGAAGUAGCAUUUAAACAUUUCCCUCCUCGGAGAGCCAAAUUGCCAAAUGUACGCUUGCAUGUACAAACCAGAAAAACCAGCUUUCAACCAACACACACAUCCUGUGAGACUACACACAGACAGCAGUGAAGCUGCGAUGCCUGGCCAUGUUCGAGGGGAGCAAGGAACGUGUGGGUAGGAGCGGCAACAUUGUCAUGUUUCACAACAAUGACUUCUAUACUGCGAUUAUGGAUGAAGACUUGGGACGUAUAGAGGACAUGUCAAAAAAGUAUGGGAGUAACUUUCUCAUCGAGAUACAAGGCGGUGCGCCCGGAGAAGUUUUCUGGAAGGGCCUGACUACCCAGCCCCUUCAUCUGGCUGCCUCUUACAGAAGAGUAAAGAGCAUGCAGAGCCUGCUGUCAACAGGGGCAGACCCUGAAAGGAGGGACCAGCUGGGUCGAACCACUCUGCACUUGGUGAUAGCUGGAUGGCCGAGCAUCCUGACUUGUGGCUCAAAACCGGGGUCAAAGUUUCAGACUGCUGUGAUCGGCUUGCAUAAGCAGGCAGAGGCCUGUCUACGGCUCCUGUGUGAGCACUGUGUUAACGUCAAUGCAAAGGUGGAGGGGAGUCACCAGACAGCUCUCCACCUGUCAGUACGCUACAUGGCUCUGUCUGCUGUCCAAAUUCUGUCCAGCUACGGUGCUGAUGUUAAUGCUGUGGACAGCAGCGGGAUGACGCCCCUGCACAUGGCCGCAGGGAUCCUCCAUAAGGACUUAAUAGCCAGCUUGAUCAAGGAGGGAGCAGAUAUCAACAAGGGGGUGAAGAACUCUGGGAACACUCCUCUGCACUUAGCUGCUGUGGCUAUGGCUGUGAAGACCACUAAAACCCUGCAGGACGACCUCAGCUGCAUCUCUGAGCUGCUUGAGCGGGGGGCCGAGGUCAACGCGAUAAACAAAGCCGGAAUGACACCUCUACAGGAGGCGUGCAGCAUGGGCAACAAGGAGCUGGUGGAGCUACUGCUCAGGUAUGGAGCCAACAUCAAUAAGCUGAGCGAAGCAGGGGAGAACUGUCUGUUCCUGUUCCUGAACCACAGGCCUAAUCUAAUGAACAGCUCUCUGCUGGUCAAACUCCUCAGCCUCACCUCCCCGCUCACUGUCUACAACCACAACGGCCACCUGCCGUCCACCUUGACCCUGCCGUGUUUCUUCAAACAGAGGGACCAGCUGCUAGAAAUCACUCAGCAGCCACGUAGGCUUCAGGAUAUUUGCAAGAGUGAAAUUUAUCUGAAACACGUCCAAGGCAAGAGGGAGGAGUUGAGGAAAUGCCUUCCUGAAAAGCUGUAUGACUUUGUAUUCAACUACUGGGAGAAUUUAUACAUUUCCUUUGUGACAGACGGUAACCAGGACUCUUUUAACAGCUUAUUAGAUAUCACUCCUAGUUGACACCUGUGUGCCAAUGCAAACUGUGUGUGACUGGAAUAGUUUGCAUUAAGCUACAGAGAUAACCUCAAACCAAAUAAAAUCUAUCAAAGC